AAAAUGUUUUAGUCUCCAAAAAUAAAGUUUUAAUUGAUCAGUACAUCUACUCCAGUGUGACAUUUUUUUCUCCUGGGACAGGGUUUCUCUGUGCAGCCCUGGCUCUUCUGGAACUCGCAUUGUAGACCAGGCUGGCCUCAAACUCAAGAAAUCUGCCUGCCUCUGCCUCCUGAGUGCUGAGAUUGUAGGUGUUCACCACCUCUGCCUGGCAGGAAAACGCUCUAAAUCAUGCUUUCCUUGAUUAAACCACUGUGUUUCCGUGAAAGCAGAAAUUAUCGUGUGCAUCUCUAAAAAGCAGUUUAUAACAUGGAGUGGUUAUAAAGCUACCCUUUAGUUGUUGAAUGAACCACGUGGUUACUGCCGGCCUUGGUGGCAAACACACUAAUCCCAACCCUCCAAAGGCUCCCCCGGCUGUGCAGAGAGCUCAUGCUACGAAUCCAGAGCAGGGCUGCGGCGAAGCCGGGCCACACAGUACCUCAGAUCUCCCACAUGUCUAACGUAACCAGUUUUGGCUGCUCUGUUGAGAAAUGCCUUGUCGCCGCCGUUCUUCAUGCCCUUUACAAUCAGUUAGGUGACGCUGUAUGGGCUGGGCUGUAUCCCCACUAAAAUACUGACUUUGACGCGUCCCCUGGGGGACAUUUCCAUCACCACAGGUAUCUGUCAGGUUCCCUUUGUGGAGCAAUAUCAUCUGCUUCCCUUCACCUUACCAGGGCAAGUCUGUUCUCCAUCUCUAAAUUUCCUGGAUCUAUUAAGGACUCAAACAGCUUAAAACUUUGGUGGGUUGCUGCUUUCACUGAGCAUAAUUCACUCUUGUAUCUUCCAUCUACAAUAGUUCCUUUGUUCUGUUUUGUUUUCAUCCUGGAAAAGUCUCACUGUAGCCCAGGCUGGCCUCACACUCACAGUCCUCCCAUCCCAGCCUUUGAAGGGUUGGGAUUAGUGCAUUUGCCACCAAGGCCGGCAGUGGCUCACUCAUCUCUUCCAGUGACUACGUGGUGCCUACCACAGCCUAACUUCAACAACCAAACCAUAGCUGGGUCAUUUCUGGUCAAACCACUACAGACAUUAAUGUGCAGUUUUGGGUAAACGUGCAUUUUUAUUUAUUGGAAUAAAUGUAUCUAAGCAGCCAUUGGGUUGUAUGUAGUCUCCAGGCCAUCUGUACCAUCUCACGAGCUCACCAGCAGCAUAAGCCAGUUCCUCUUUGUCCUCGGCCCCCGCCCCCCAUGAGUGUGUGCUGACACUGUCUGUUCCCCGGGGGCUGGCGAUACUGACCACUGUCUAUCCACUUACCAUCUGUCUUUCCCGUUUGGUGACCUCUUCAAGUCUGUCUCACUUUGCAGUCUAUUUUGUACUGUUGACUGAUUUCAGAGUCCUUUACGUUGCAAGUACAGACCCUCUGAGGAGUUGGGAAGUUUCCGAUGUUUUCUCCUAGUCCUUAGCUGCCUGUCCAUCCUCUUAGUGGACUGUUCCUGGAGCCAACACUUGGAAUUUCACAAGUCCGACAUACCACUUUCUCCUUUUGCACACCCCUCGGGAUUUUUGUGGUUUUUUUUUUUUUUUUUUUCUAAAAUUCUUAUAGUUGUGUGCUUUAUACUUAAGCCUGUGGUGCAGUUUUAGUUUGUGCCUGAAAGUGUGAGGCUGGUCUCUGGAGGUCCGGCUGUCUGCUGCUGGGGCUCUGCUGCCCUUGGAGCAUCCACCCUGCUCCUCUCAGUGUUUGAGCUCCAGUCCCUUCUGACAGCAGUCUUGAAUUCUGUGCUGCUUACAUCUGGGCUUGAGUGGAGGGACCCAUUUCCCCACCUUUGCGUCCUUUUCCAAAGCCUUAGUCUACUCUUUCUGUCUUCCACACAUUUUCAAAAAGUCUUGUCUAUAGAAAGAAAUCUUGCUGAGGCUUUGGGAUUCAGCGGUAUGUAUUUUUCCGCAUGUAACCCCUACAGGUUUUGUGAGAUUUACCUGUGUAUUUCAUUAUUUGGAUUGUAAUGGCUCUGUGUUUCAUUUUCAUGUUCAUUCCUCGUAUAUGGAAGUACAAUUAGUUAGAAUUUGGGGUUUUGGUUUUUGAUACAUUUUACAGCUUACUAAAUUCCUUUAUUAGUUAUAGAAGCUGUUGAAUGAAUUCCUGGAUACUCUCCGUUACAGGUUCGCUUCCUCUCGCUUCCUCUCGUCCUGGCUGUAGACUUUCAUUUCCGUCUUGUUUUGGUUGUCUGCCUCGCACUCUGGGUGCUGCUGGAGGGAAAGGCGCCUUCUCCGCCUUGCUCCUGUCUCAGAGAAAGCAAUGCUGACCCCUGGGGUGAGCUUUCCUGGUGUGCUUAUGGAAAGAGCCACCUAGGGCUUUCAUGAACCUGGUAGGUUCCAGCAGCUUCUCCCCGUAAACAGAUGGGGUCUCAAGGACGCCGGUUGGCUGACUGAAUAAUAGAAAGCACAGGAUUUGAAGUAGGUGUAUUCACAUUUAAAUUUCGACUCCUCUGCCUUCUUAUUUACAAAUCUCAAAAUCCAUUUCCUCCUCCACAAAAGGGAGGCCCGGCUCCAUUGCUGAUGGAUAUGCAAGCCUUUGUGGCUCUGGCUGUGGUGAGGAGGAGCCUUGCUGUGACUCCGCCCAGCACUAAAACGGUUCUGUCUCGGUGGAAGACUGGUCAGUUCUCAUGAGUCACAGUGUUUGCAUUGGGGAUCUUUAAAGGACUUGGUGGUCCACAUGUAUCUUCCUAGGACUGAUGCCUGGAGGUCCACUACUCGGGUUCAUUCCCCAGCCACAGCAAGUCACUCUGAGUUACCCUAGAUGACAUCAUCUGAAAACCUGAGUGCUGGCCAGUCCUAUUCCCAGGAUUGUUGUGGAUGAAAUGAGUGGAUGUAUGUAUCAUGUCGAACAGUGCCUGACCCGCUAGCCUUGAUGACGUGGGAGCUGUGAACAUGACUAUGACGUUAGGACACGUUCUCAUUUGUGGAACACCUUUCUUAAAAACAAAAUUGUUUACUUUGCAGAUUUUGUAAAAAAUGGAUUUGACCAACCAUGGACUUAUUCUACUGCAGCAGUUAAACGCUCAGCGCGAGUUUGGGUUCCUGUGUGACUGCACGGUUGCCAUCGGCGAUGUGUACUUCAAGGCACACAAAUCAGUUCUUGCUUCAUUCUCCAAUUACUUUAAGAUGUUGUUUGUCCAUCAGACCAGUGAAUGCGUUCGUCUGAAACCCACUGACAUACAGCCUGACAUAUUCAGCUACCUGCUCCACCUGAUGUACACCGGGAAGAUGGCCCCACAGCUGAUCGACCCCGUGCGUUUGGAGCAAGGGAUCAAAUUCCUGCACGCGUACCCCCUCAUCCAGGAAGCCAGCCUCGCCAGCCAAGGCACCUUUUCCCAUCCCGAGCAAGUCUUCCCGCUGGCCUCGUCUUUGUACGGCAUUCAGAUCGCAGACCACCAGCUGAGACAAGCCACCAAGAUGAACAUAGGGCCUGAGAAACUGGGGCGGGAGCCUCGGCCUCAGGCGCCCAGGAUGAACCAGGAGCCGGUGCCCGAGACCUCGCAGCUCUCGCAGCUGACUGCCAACCUGGCACAGGUGAAUCGGACAAACAUGGCUCCCGCCGACCCCCUGCAGACCUCACUGUCACCCGAACUUGUCUCCACGCCUGUCCCGCCCCCUCCUCCUGGGGAGGAGACCAACCUGGAGGCCUCCUCCUCGGACGAGCAGCCGUCCUCCCUCACCAUCGCCCACGUGAAGCCAAGCAUCAUGAAGAGGAACGGGAGCUUCCCCAAGUACUAUGCCUGCCACCUGUGCGGCCGGCGCUUCACGCUGCGCAGCAGCCUGCGCGAGCACCUGCAGAUCCACACCGGGGUGCCCUUCACGGCCGGCCCUCCCGGGGAGGGCCGCGGGCCCCUGUCGCUUUGCAGCAACGCGGCCGACCUGGGCAAGGAUGCUCUGGAAGUGCCCGAGGCGGGGAUGAUCAGCGACAGCGAGCUGCAGCACAUCUCUGACUCCCCCAUCAUCGACGGGCAGCAACAGUCGGAGACACCGCCGCCCUCGGACAUCGCGGACAUUGACAACCUGGAGCAGGCGGACCAGGAGAGGGAGGUGAAGAGGCGCAAGUACGAGUGCACCAUCUGCGGCCGCAAGUUCAUCCAGAAGAGCCACUGGCGCGAGCACAUGUACAUCCACACGGGCAAGCCCUUCAAGUGCAGCACCUGCGACAAGAGCUUCUGCAGGGCCAACCAGGCCGCGCGCCACGUGUGCCUCAACCAGAGCAUCGACACCUACACCAUGGUGGACAAGCAGACGCUGGAGCUCUGCACCUUCGAGGAGGGCAGCCAGAUGGACAACAUGCUGGUGCAGGCCAAUAAGCCCUACAAGUGCAACCUCUGCGACAAGACGUUCUCCACCCCCAACGAGGUGGUCAAACACUCCUGCCAGAACCAGAACUCGGACGUGUUCGCCCUGGACGAGGGCCGCUCAGUCCUCCUGGGCGGUGGGGACUCGGAAGUAACUGAAUCUGACCAUCCCGUGUUAGCUUCCAUCAAAAAGGAACAGGAAACUGUAUUACUAGACUGAAUGUUACUUGUCUUUUUAAAAACUGUCAUUUUUACAAAGAACCUUCUCCCCUCCCCACCCCCCCCACCCCCCCAUCCCCACCCCAAUUCGGGACAGUUUCACCAUGGCAUGAUACAAACGGGCCCCACUCCUUCCCUGGCCCCUUAUUCUCCCAGCCCCAUCUCCGCAAGGCUUUGUGCAUUAGAAACCUGGACUAUAUUUACUUUAAUUCAGGGGAUAUUGGAAGGAUAAUGGUCAGUAGUACUUAUAAAGAAAUAGGUUUUGAGAAGUUUUAGAUUAUUUUAAAAACCUACUUGGAAAUAAUUAAGAGUAUAUAAUAAAACAACUAGAAUAUAAUUUGGUAAGCUAAAAUUAUGACUGUCCCUGGGUAAUAAGUCUUCCUUCUCAAAGAAACAAAGUCAGAAAAUACAGCACGCGUCUUAGAGAUAAAGCUGGGCUCUGCUAUGCAAAUCUAGAAGGUGUGGGGAAACUUGAAACCCAAGCAGAUGUUUUUAAAAUUAGCCCUCUAGGUGUCUGAUUUCGGAAUGUAUCCUUUGAGAUUAUGUCCAGUUAAGGAAAAUCACUAGUUAAGAAGUCGACUUUAACAAAAUGCAAAAAGAGUAAUAAUGUGAUGGCAAUCUUCAUUUUUGGAUCAAACCUGACGGGCUGUGAGUUUGUAUGUGAGCGAACACACGGAUGCUUGCUACACACGGGAGAAUUGAUGCACACGCUUUACCCAAUUGAUGCUGGCCUCUUCCCAGGAUGAACAAGAAGAUGCCGGGUUUUGGUUUCCGACACGCUUGUUUUAAAAUCGGCUUUGAAAAUACGGUUCUAUAGAAAGUCUUUCUGAACAGCAGUGACAUGCCAUUUCCUAGCAGUGGCCAGUGGUGAGCGUGCGUCGGCCAGCCAGCUGCCUGUAAAACCAGUGUGUGCGCUGCCAGGACGGGACUAUAGAAGUACGCAUCUUACAGGGGGAAGCUGUGAGCAGAAAGUGUGGCUUUGAUGAGUGUAAAAGUCGAUGCUGCCCGGUUUGGUGGUGCCCACCUAUAACCCCAGUGCUAGGGGAGGGGGUGGGGAGUGAACACGGGAGAAUUGGGAGUUUGGGGCCAGCCUGGGCUACAUAGAGACACCUUGUUAAAAUGCAAUGCCCAUAGUUCACUGGUGACAUCUACUAAAGCAUCAAAAAUAACAAAGAGAAAUCAGGGUGACAAAAAUAAUAAUAAUCUAAUUUCUUCUUGGAGGAAAAACAAUUGAUUUUGAUGUGUAUCCUCCAGUGUUUUUUUAACACCUGGAAUUUCCCCCACUGGCCUAGCAACAUUAAAAGUUGUUCAUUAAUCUUUCCUUGGGCCAAUAAGAAAAAACGGUCUCACAGGAUGCAACAGGAGCCAGAAGUGAGGUCUGAGGGGCAAGGGGCGGGGCUAGUGCCUAGCUAUACCGUACGUGUAUGUUAGAAACUGAACAUCCCAUCCUCCUCCUCUAUGUAUAGUUGAGUUUCAGAUUUGUAAGUUUUUAUACAUCCUUUCAUUGAAUAAACAUUUAAUUAAAUGGG